UUCUUCUUUUCUUUAUUUCCUUUCUUCAAUAACUCACACCUUCACCGACCCUUCAUCAACACCAGGGUGCUUAGGGCUUCAACGGAGCCGCAACGACCGCAAGGAUGAAACCCCUACAUAUACUACGUCGCCACGCAUGGAAAAAUCUCUCAGCCUAUACCACUUCAGCCCGUGAUACGUCAAACCUUCUAGCAUUCAGAACAGGACAAACCCGCCAAUCAUCAACCUGGAACCCACACACCGUAACCAAGCUCCCCACUCAGGAGCAGGGCAUCGCCCACACAAGAGAUGAAAAGACCGGGAAACUCCAACAUAUCCUAACAACAACCGAUCAACUCAUCAACUGGGCUCGACAAGGUUCUCUCUGGCCUCUUACCUUUGCCCUCGCAUGCUGCGGCAUCGAAAUGAUGCAUGUAUCCAUGCCCCGGUACGACCAAGACCGCCUGGGAAUAAUCUUCCGAGCCUCGCCCCGCCAAGCCGACGUCAUGAUUGUUGCGGGGACAGUGACGAACAAGAUGGCGCCUGCGUUGAGACAGUUGUACGAUCAGAUGCCGGAUCCGAAGUGGGUGAUCAGUAUGGGGAGCUGUGCCAACGGCGGUGGGUACUACUAUUAUAGUUACAGCGUGGUAAGGGGGGUUGAUCGGGUUGUUCCUGUGGAUAUUUACGUGCCGGGGUGUCCGCCAACGUCAGAGGCUCUGAUGCAUGCGAUUUUUCAGUUGCAGAAGAAGAUGAAGAGGACGAAGGUGACGAGGAUGUGGUAUCGGAGGUGAGUGUGUUUGUAUAUUAUCUGUGUAGUAUGUACAGUAAAGCCAUGGGUUUUGUUUAGACAGUUUUUAGUGGG